AUGCUCGCCUCUACUCUGCCCUCAUGCUCGCUUGGAUUAUUUUCUCAUUCUCGCCUCUACUCUGCCCUCAUGCUCGCCUGUACUCUGCCCUCAUGCUCGCCUCUACUCUGCCCUCAUGCUCGCCUCUACUCUGCCCUCAUGCUCGCCUCUACUCUGCCCUCAUGCUCGCCUCUACUCUGCCCUCAUGCUCGCUUCUACUCUGCCCUCAUGCUCGCCUGUACUCUGCCCUCAUGCUCGCCUGUACUCUGCCCUCAUGCUCGCCUCUACUCUGCCCUCAUGCUCGCCUCUACUCUGCCCUCAUGCUCGCCUGUACUCUGCCCUCAUGCUCGCCUCUACUCUGCCCUCAUGCUCGUCUCUACUCUGCCCUCAUGCUCGCCUCUACUCUGCCCUCAUGCUCGCCUCUACUCUGCCCUCAUGCUCGCCUCUACUCUGCCCUCAUGCUCGCCUCUACUCUGCCCUCAUGCUCGCCUCUACUCUGCCCUCAUGCUCGCCUCUACUCUGCCCUCAUGCUCGCCUCUACUCUGCCCUCAUGCUCGCCUGUACUCUGCCCUCAUGCUCGCCUCUACUCUGCCCUCAUGCUCGCCUCUACUCUGCCCUCAUGCUCGUCUGUACUCUGCCCUCAUGCUCGCCUCUACUCUGCCCUCAUGCUCGCCUCUACUCUGCCCUCAUGCUCGCCUCUACUCUACCUUCAUGCUCGCCUGUAUUAUUUUCUCAUGCUCGCCUCUACUCUGCCCUCAUGCUCGCCUGUACUCUGCCCUCAUGCUCGCCUCUACUCUGCCCUCAUGCUCGCCUCUACUCUGCCCUCAUGCUCGCCUCUACUCUGCCCUCAUGCUCGCCUCUACUCUGCCCUUCUGCUCGCCUCUACUCUGCCCUCAUGCUCGCCUCUACUCUGCCCUCAUGCUCGCCUCUACUCUGCCCUCAUGCUCGCCUCUACUCUGCCCUCAUGCUCGCCUCUACUCUGCCCUCAUGCUCGCCUCUACUCUGCCCUCAUGCUCGCCUCUACUCUGCCCUCAUGCUCGCUUCUACUCUGCCCUCAUGCUCGCCUCUACUCUGCCCUCAUGCUCGCCUCUACUCUGCCAUCGUGCUCGCCUGUACUCUGCCCUCAUGCUCGCCUCUACUCUGCCCCCAUGCUCGCCUCUACUCUGCCCUCAUGCUCGCCUCUACUCUGCCCUCAUGCUCGCCUCUACUCUGCCCUCAUGCUCGCCUGUACUCUGCCCUCAUGCUCGCCUCUACUCUGCCCUCAUGCUCGCCUCUACUCUGCCCUCAUGCUCGCUUGUACUCUGCCCUCAUGCUCGCCUCUACUCUGCCCUCAUGCUCGUCUCUACUCUGCCCUCAUGCUCGCCUCUACUCUGCCCUCAUGCUCGCCUCUACUCUGCCCUCAUGCUCGCCUCUACUCUGCCCUCAUGCUCGCCUCUACUCUGCCCUCAUGCUCGCCUCUACUCUGCCCUCAUGCUCGCCUCUACUCUGCCCUCAUGCUCGCCUCUACUCUGCCCUCAUGCUCGUCUCUACUCUGGCCCUCAUGCUCGCCUCUACUCUGCCCUCGUGCUCGCCUCUACUCUGCCCUCAUGCUCGCCUCUACUCUCCCCUCAUGCUCGCCUCCACUCUUUUCUCAUGAAGUGGGAGGGGCUGGAUGUGUGCGAGCAAUUCUCGCUGCAGCAGAUGCUAAGGGCCACCAACAAAUGGUCGGAGGACAAUGUGCUGGGCAAGGGUGGCUUUGGCAUUGUAUACAAAGGCCGCUCUCCACAGGGCCAGCUGUGGGCCAUCAAGCGAUCCACCAUCAUGACCAACGACUUCGAAACGGAGGUGCGAGCCAUGGCCUCUCUCCACCACACACACCUCGUGCGCCUGCUGGGCUUUUGCCUGGACCAGAACGUGGAGACAGGCAAGCAGGAGCAGAUCCUCGUGUACGAUUUCAUAGGCAAUAGGGACAUGGAGUACCAUAUCCACAAGACCAAGCGUUAUGCUAAAUACAUGUACCCUGCUAUGAAGCUGGUGGAGACAUAUGAGCUAGAAGAGCUGAGGGACAGCAAGAUGCCGGCGGCAAGUGAAGAGGCUGUAGUGGAACUUGCAGACCUGGCUCUGGACUGCAUCAAGUCUCCCGGCACACGGCGACCCACUAUGAAGGAUGUGGCAUACCGCCUCAGUGCCCUCAUUGCCAAGCACUGCCCCGACAAGGAGGAUGAGUGGGAGAGUGCCACAGAAGAAGAGAGUGAAAGCAACAAGAGUAGUUAA